UACAUAUUUUGACGUUAAAAUGUUGAGAAAGGUAAAUUUUAAAUAGAUUUUACAAUUUCUAUUUAAAUUAUAAAGAUUUGUUACAGUUUUUUUUUUGUUAAGAAUGAAUGCAGAAGGAGCGCCAAUUCACAAUAGCCAUGAACAAUUGUCAUUUACAAUAAAUUGACCCAAAAUCAGCCGUUCAUAUAUCACUAGAUUCUGCAAUGGGUGCUGUCGUACCCUUGUAUAUUUCGGUAUUGGAUUUGUGCAAUCUGCAAUCUUGUAAGAGCAAGAGAAUCCCCUUAAUGUGUUUCGUGUAACCGUGUAAUUUAAAAAGCCUUUUCAACGGACAUAUUUAUUAGCAGAAAAAACUUUCAAAAUUUAAAUUAUUUUAAUGUAAUUAACUUUUAAAUAGUUAUAAACUGCUAUUAUAUACUAUCUACACUUCAUCCAGAGCAAAUGGCUUUACGAAAAUGUGUUGGUGGUUGCAGUUUGGGGGUGCCGCUUUAUCCCUUCCCAUCCAGAUGCCAUGCAACAGGAAAUUAAGGUGGUUCGUGGUCAACUGCAAAUAGCAAUUGAAGCACUGGCCGAUCAAAAAGUUGUCCUAAAUCAACUUUUGCAACAGCGUGCAGAGGAGCUGCCUAUCCAGUCCAAAUUCCCCAUAAAGAACGAAGAGCAGCUAAUCAGUUUAAAUGACCAGCUCAACAGCGAAAACAAAAACACUUAUGUUAAAGCUAUGAGAUCGCUGCUGCAACCUACCGGCGUUUUGAAGAAUUUACGAAAUAUUUCGAGCGAUGAAAUAGCAAUGGCAUUCAAUGUCGAUGGAGUGCAGGGCAAAAAGUCCUUAAAAUCCUUUCAAAACUUUUAUAACGCACUACUGGACUCCAUUCCGUUAAAUGAUGGGAAUGGUACUGCAGACGAAAAACUGCGUAAAGCAAUACAGUUGCAAAAAAAACGCAUUUUUAAAAGCGCUUGCAUGUCCAAAGACAAGACACAGCAUCAACAGACACAAUAGUCAAUUCGACUUAAAAUUUCAACUUUGUGCUUUUACAAACAAAAUAAAAUUAAAAUGAAAUGAUUAAAAUUA